GAGGGGGAAAAGGGGGGACGACGAGCAACAGUUGUGGCCACGCUGGGCGCCGUGUUGGGUGGCAAAAGGGCACGUCUCGAAGUGCGGGAUCGCGGUGACUGGAUUUCCCCCCCCCGCGACUAAGUCCGUUGCGUUUAGUGAGAAGUUGUAGCUGAAAGGACAUUUGUUGAAUUUUUGACUAUGGAACAAAUCUCAUUGGCAAGACGACUAUACAUUGGAGGACUUGGUCAUACAGUUUCUGAAGAUGAACUAUAUGAAAGAUUUAGCAAGUUUGGAAAUGUUACAGAAACUGAAAUCAUUAGCCGGAAGGAUGAGCAUGGGAAUCCUACCAAGACAUUUGCAUACCUUAACAUCCUCCUUUCAGAAAAAGAGCUUAAAAAAUGUAUAUCGAUUUUAAAUAAGACAAAAUGGAAAGGUGGGACACUGCAAAUCGAAUUAGCAAAAGAGAGCUUCUUACACAGACUAGCACGGGAGCGGCAAGAAGCGGUUGCAACGAAGGAAAAAACAGAUUAUAAUGGUAUGACAGAUAUUCAAAAAUCUCUGAAGAAGUCUGGAGUUGUAGACUUCCAUGUGAAGGCAGUGCCAGGAACAGAAAUACCAAAUCAUAAGGACUGGGUGGUUAGUAAAUUUGGCAGAGUUUUACCUAUUCUUCAUCUGAAAGAUCAACACAAAAGCAAAAUAAUAAAAUAUGACCCUUCCAAAUAUUGCCAGAACCUUAAAAAACUAGAUCAAGAACCUAUAGAUGCAGUUCCCAUUUCGCAGCUCACUUGGCAUCUGCAAGAAGCUGACAGUAUCAUGAGCAAGAAACGGCAAGGACAAUUCCCUGAAGCUAAGAAGCCACCCAAAAAGAAAAUGAAAAUACAAAUCAGUGACAGCCUAAGCGAAGUCGAAUCAAACCCAGCAAAUGUCGUCCCUGCAAAACUAAUUCAGAACCGCACCUCUAACUCCAAGACGCAACCUAAUCAGCACCUUUCAGGUCCAAAGCUUAAAGCUGGAACCAUAGGUUCUAGGCAUAUAAAAAACCUGCGUUAUGAUGAUAUAGAUUCAGAAGAAGAAAUCAGAGCAAUUGAAGCAAGCGAGAGAAAAAAGCACAAAGGUAAUUCUAAUAUUGUGCCUGAGGAUAAUAUGGAGGUUGUCGGUGAUGACUUUAAGCUGAAAUACAGUACUCAUUGGUCUCUACAGAAAGCAAACACACACAGAGCCCAAGCGUGCAAUGGAUUAAUAAGGCCUGCGGAAAAUGAAUCUGAGUAUGAUUCAGCUGACACUGAUGAAAUUAUAGCUGUGACUAAAGUAUCUGAUGAAAAAGAGAGAAAUGAAUCUCUAGAGAGCUUGAAAGAAACAGAAGAGCAGGAUGAUGGCCAGCCCCCAAAAACCAUCCGGGUUGCAAGGCCUCCAUCCUCUGGUUCAAAAGGGUCUAAAGCGGGAGGAGAAAAAAGAGCAGAAUCCAAAAAACGAUCAGAUGCACAAACUACUCUCGACAGGGGCAGAUCUGAGAGUGAGGAAAACUCAGAUCCGUGUUCAGAUACAAGUGAGUCUGAAGGGGAUGACGAUUAUGAAUCCAUGAUGCAAAGUGGCUUCCGAUUAGAUCUUACCUUAGAAGAUUUAGAGAAUUUAGCUGGUGAAAGUAGUGAAGAUUCGGAGAAAGAUAAUGAAAUAAUUCAAAGGACCACUCAACCCCAAGGCCGUCACUGUUUAGGUAGUAAAACUGGUAUUGUCCCAGAGACCCCCACAAUUCCCACCACUUCCAAAAAAUGUAUUUGCCCUGAAGAAAUACUUGCUGAGCUUUUAAAAGAAGAGAGAUGUGACAAAGAUGAUUUGAAACGAAAAGAGGGAAAAGUGAAUUUUCAACCUUUCAAGGGACUGGGGUCACUGAUUGGAGUACUGCCUGAGAGCGAGUUGAAUGUAAAUGUGAAUGGAAAGAAACACACUUCUUCUGAACUCGAAGUGGAGUCUCUGAAAAGUGUUACAGAAGUAAAAUAUUCAAGUUCUGCCAGUAAGAAACUUAACUCUAAACCAUUACCCUUGAAAGACUUGGAUUUGGACAUUGCCAAAGGAGGUCUUUCUGGAAACUCAAGUGAUCAUUCUGACCACCACAAGGCAGAGAAAAUAAGCCACAAUGUAAGUAUUAUGUCUGAAAGUGAACCCGCCAAACGUGGGAAGUCUGUUUCCAAGGGAUCAACAACUUCCAGUCUUACACAGAAUAAAGAUUUAAAUGGCUCUCCAAAAAAUGAAGGCGGCUAUUCAGCUUCUCCCAGAAAAACAAAGAAAUCAGACAACAUGGGAAUUCAACUGCAGGACAAUGAGAGAAGAUUGGCAGCAAUACAAGAGAGGCAGAAAGAACGGGAGCUCCAGAAAAUAAUUAUUCAAGGAGCUCUGACCAACCAGCAAAUUCAGUCAACAAAUAAACAGAAGCACAUCGUGUUUGAUUCAGAUAAUGAAAAUGAAGUACAAGAGCAUGCUGAAGAAGAAUCUUCAGGAAAGAUCCCAGUAAAGGAAUUCACCCCCAAAAUUUCUGGGAAGCUGUUUGAGAGCAGUGACGAAGAAUCAGACACUGUAGCUGACGAAAAUGAUCGGUUCAAAAUCAAACCUCAGUUUGAGGGAAAAGCUGGAGAGAAGCUUAUGCAUUUACAGUCACAUUUUGGCACAGAUGAAAGAUUUCGUAUGGAUACUCGUUUCCUUGAAAGUGAUAGUGACCAGGAAGAGGAAUCAAAGAAAUUGGUAACAGAGGAAGAAGAGGAACUUUCUUUAGAAAAGAAGAAGAAUCUUGAGAUCUUGAAAAAUAUUCUACAUAUUGAUAUAGACCCUCCCAAACGUAGGAAGCUAGCUGCAGAAGGCCAAAAAUUCAGGUGUGAAAAAUACUUUAGUAGAAUAACUAAAGCCAGAUAAGUUAUUAUUUUCAUA